CUGGAAUCAUGUGUUGAGGAUACUGGGUAACUGCUGACAAACUUCACCACAUUUCACAGCCACAAAGGAAGGAAUGCCGCCUGAGUUGAUCCUAACACCAGUGCAGCUCUAUCGACAUCUCCUCAGAUGUUGCAGACAGUUACCAACGGCAGCAAUGCAGAAGCACUACCGGCACGCAAUUAGACAGAGUUACACCAGUCAUGCAGAUGAAGGGGACCCAGAGAGGAUCCAAAUGAUUAUCCAAAGAGCUAUUUCAGAUUCUAACUGGAUUCUUGAUAAAUAUACCAAGAAGAAGUGAGCUCUAUAAACCACAAAGGUGGCCACCACUCCUGCAUUCUGCACAAGUCCUGGUUGUAGAAGCGCAGUUUGGAUGUCUGACUGUUGAGUGUUAUUUGCUGUCAUUGUCUCACUAGUCGGGUUACUACUAUACACUGUAAGAUCACUUCUAAAUAAAGUAUAAUGUUAUUUUUUAUAAAGUGUUUAAUGUUAAAACGUGUUCAUUCUGUUCAGACUGAAAUAAGAUGACUGUGCACUGUAUUCUUUUUUCAUUAAAUAAAUUCUC